UUUUCAGGGUUACAAUACUAUCUCGACAGUAACACAUUCACCAUAUUUGCAGUAUGUGCCAAAACAUCUCAUUUUCAUCAAUCGACAUGGGAAAUAAAGGAAAAAUUAGAUUUCAAAGGAAGAUCGCAUGUGUAAAACUAACGUACACGGGUAAGCUGUCAGCCAUAUACCGCAAGCAAACCGCAAUGAAGACCGAUGAGCGUGUAAGACUGAUGGACGAGAUCAUAUCUGGAAUCCAAGUGAUAAAAAUGUACGCCUGGGAGAAGCCGUUCACCAAGUUGAUCAAGUAUGCCAGGAAAGCCGAACUGAAAGUGGUUACGAAGUCUUCCUACGUCAGAGGCCUGUUUAUGACGUUCAAUCUGUUCACGACAAGGAUGUCGCUGUUCUGUUCAUUGCUGACCAUGGUGCUAAUGCAACAGCCAAUUACUGCCACAAAAGUGUUCGUGUUCAUGUCCUACUUCAACAUUCUCUCCCAAACGAUGUCUACGAUGUGGGUGCGAGGCAUCUCCGAGGUGGCCGAGCUUCUGGUGGCGAUCAGGCGCCUGCAAAGCUUCAUGCUGAAUGAAGAAUUUAUAGAGCACAACAAACCGCAGAACAACAACGGUGCUGAUAUUAGAGCCAUUGACAGUAGGGACGCACUCAACAUCAAAGGUCUCACGGCUUAUUGGAGCACCGGCAGCUCAGACCUAGCUCUAAAGAACAUCUCAUUGAAUGUGAAGAAGAGACAACUGUUAGGGAUCAUCGGACCUGUCGGGAGCGGGAAGAGCUCGCUUUUGCAAACCAUUUUGGGCGAAUUGGUCAUAGCAAACGGAUCGCUGGAAAUGAAUGGUACCAUAUCCUACGCGUCCCAAGAACCAUGGGUGUUUGCAGCCACCAUAAGACAAAACAUCACCUUUGGCAGCGAGUUCGACAAGCAGCGAUACAACGAAGUGGUACGUUCAUGUGCCCUCGAAAAGGAUUUCAAACAAUUUCCUCAGGGAGACCAAACCAUCGUUGGUGAUAGAGGAGCUUCACUGAGUGGAGGACAAAAGGCUAGGAUCAAUCUGGCUCGAGCUGUAUACAGGAAUGCUGAUAUAUAUCUUUUAGACGAUCCGUUGUCAGCAGUGGAUAUCCACGUAUCCAAACACCUGUACGAUGAAUGCAUUAACGGAUACCUGUUGAGCAAAACAAGAAUUCUGGUGACGCAUCAAGUUCAUCACCUCAAAGAUGCAGAUAAUAUCAUUAUUUUUAAUAAUGGGGAAAUCGAAAACCAAGGAUCUUUCAAACAACUCUCAGAAAGUGAUAAUUUAUAUGCCAAACUUUUGACGGCAGAGCCAGAACAUGUCGAUGAAGAAAAAGCCAAAUUAGGAGAUUCUGCGAAAAUUCUGAGAUCAUUAUCAAUCAAGAGUAGUCGAAAACAGUCGUUGGCAAGUGCCGUUAGCGACCUCAGUAUUCCUGAGAGCAUCCUCCAGGAGGAUGUCGAUGAAGACGAAGAAGAUAAUAAGGUGAACGAAGUAAACCUAAAAGAAAUGCAAGAAGAUUCCUCAAAGGGGAAAGUGAAAGGAUCUGUUUUCAUGCAGUACCUGCUGGCAGGCGGUAAUAUCUGCGUUGUGUCGAUCGUGCUGGCUCUGUAUGUUCUCGCUCAAGCAUGUGCAAGCGGGAUUGAUUACUUCGUCAGCUAUUGGGUGAAUAUAGAGCAGUACAGGAACGCUAGUAAACCUAACACCACGGAAGAUGUCGAGGUAAAACCGUAUCAGGACUGGUCAACCGAAAUCUGCCUCUACAUCUAUGGAAUUGGUUUAGGACUAUUAUUCGUCAUAGCCUUGGCAAGGUCUAUGGGAUUUUAUAUGCUGGCAAUGAGAAGUUCUAUGAGACUACAUAACCAAAUGUUCAGUAGCGUGAUAGAUUGUACGAUGAGGUUCUUCGACACAAACCCUAGCGGAAGGAUUCUCAAUAGGUUUUCCAAGGAUUUGGGUGCCGCAGAUGAACUUUUGCCAAAAGUUGUUCUGGAUGCCGGACAGAUUCUUCUUAUCAUGGUGGGUGCUCUGGUGCUGGUCACUAUCGUCAACCCUUACUUCCUAAUAGUAGUUGCAGUCAUAGCAUUCUUCUUUGGAAUCAUGAGGCACAUAUUCCUGAAGUCUUCCAAAAAUAUCAAACGAUUAGAGGGAAUUAUGAGAAGUCCGGUGUUCACUCAUCUGAAUGCGACCAUACAGGGUCUGACCACGAUUCGAUCAUUUGGUGCUCAGGAUAUUUUGAGAGAUGAGUUCGACAAGCACCAGGACUGUCAUACGAGCGCUUGGUUUAUGUAUAUUGCCGCCAGCUCUGCAUAUGGAUUCUACCUCGAUAUAUUUUGCUUCAUCUUUGUUUCUCUUCUUACGUUCAGUUUCCUGGCAUUCGGAGAAACUUUUGGUAUGCGAGGUGGUGAAGUAGGAUUGGCAAUCACUCAGGCCAUUGCAUUGACAGGCUCAGUUCAGUGGGGUAUGAGACAGUCAGCUGAAGUAGCCAAUCAACUAAUGUCCGUGGAAAGAAUCUUGGAGUACAAAAAUUUGCCCAAGGAAAAGCAGCCUGAGCAACCUAAGGAACCGCCUAAAGACUGGCCUGCCAAAGGGGAGAUCACUUUCAGAAAUAUGGGUCUAUCUUAUGUAGAGGGCGGUACAUUGGUUCUGAAAAAUUUGAAUCUGACAAUCAAUCCAAAGGAGAAGGUCGGUAUAGUUGGAAGAACAGGGGCGGGAAAAUCCUCCCUCAUAUCUGCGUUGUUUCGACUUGCAAAUGUCGAAGGAGAAAUCAUUAUCGACGACAUCGAUACUAAAUUGCUGAAACUUGAAAACUUGCGAUCCAAGAUCUCUAUCAUUCCCCAGGACCCUGUGCUGUUUUCCGGUACUCUAAGAUACAACCUCGAUCCCUUCGACCAGUAUUCCGAUGAGGUCCUGUACAAAGCUAUCGAGGACGUAGAACUAAAGAAUCCUGCCAACAUCAUCAACCGAUUGGAGAAUAGAGUUAUGGAUAGAGGCUCAAACUACAGCGUUGGACAAAGGCAGCUGAUAUGUUUAGCUAGAGCUAUCAUCAGGAACAACAGGAUCCUAAUGUUGGAUGAAGCUACCGCUAAUGUAGAUCCACAGACUGACGCCCUCAUACAAAAGACAAUCCGUAAAAAAUUCAGAGAUUGCACCGUUUUAACAGUUGCCCAUCGUCUCAACACCAUCAUGGACUCCGACAAAGUACUGGUGAUGGACGGCGGUACCAUGGUCGAGUUCGAUCACCCCCACCAACUUUUGCAAAACACCCAGGGAGUAUUUUACAAAAUGGUGGCCGAAAGUGGCAGAGCGAUGAGUGAUCAGUUGCGCAGAGUGGCGCGAGAUGCCUUCCAAAAGCAGUUAUCAGUUCCUGAAUAGGUUUAGGUAGAUCAGUGAAAUAGCCAGUGAUAAGGUUAGGAUUAACGCAUAAAGAGGUUAUCACCUCUUCGAGAUUAUAAAGCUGCUCAAAUCCCAAACCACCCAUUUGUUGAGGACAGUAGUACUUACAUGUUCACUUCAUGUAAGAACAUCCCAUAAACGUUUGUAUCAUGGCAGGUCAGUAGAUUUUCAGCUUCCAACUUAACACCGAAUACAUGUAGCUAAACAAAAGCUGUGUGAUGGAGUUACGUCAUGGGAACCUGCAGAAAUUUUUCUCAGCAAGGACCAAUUAUUCAUCAGCGAGUAUAAAGUUUUGUAUAUUGUCAAGAUCCUAGACAUUCUACACAUGCCAAAAUAUACAAAUUUUAGAGGGCAAACAGAUUUCAGAGGGGACCACGACUACCUAGAACUCCCCAUCUGGGCACCUAUGACUUUUAAUGUUUCAUUUAAAGUAUUUAUUAUAUGUCACUAAAGUUUUAGGAAUGAUUCAAAUACAUAAUUCAAUUUCUACUAUAGAGAUAUCAUAUAACAAGAAUUACUGAUGCCAGAUGCUCAAAUAUUGAAAGAGCUUAUAUUGUUCUUAGAUACUUAAUGGUACCAGUACUUAAAGAAUGGUUUUGUCUUCCCAUGUUUCUCUCGUGUCUUCCUUAAACCGCGCAACAAUAUUGUGUGGGUCGGUACUAAGAGUAUCACUUUCUUUAAAUUUGCGUAUUCUCACCCAGGUCGCAACACCAUUAUGUUACAAAUAAUAAUCAUCGCAGUGUAUAAAAGAUACAUACUUGAUAGAUUUUAACUAUCACCUUCAUAUAUAAUAUCAUAUGCAUAUAUAUUUUUCUAUGGACUAUGAAAAAAAUAUUUUCAGUCACCAAUAUGCUAAGCCUAUUCAUCUACAGCUCAAACUAAAAUUUCUCGGCCUGGCUUGGCGGGUCAUAUCUCAGAUUGGACUUGCAGGGUCUCAAGCCGAACGGUUCACUUUGGAGACACGCUCAAAGUUUCAAGGUUCUGAGAAAAUGUGGAUUUUAUCCUUUUUGGCGCCAUUUCAAUUUUCUCGCUACUCCUGUCAUUGUAAUGCGUUAGGCCCGCGAUAUGUGACUCUUCCGAAGUAUGUUUGCCCAGAGAAUUAAAAAAUGGCGUUCAAAUUGCGAUCUGAUUAUUUGUUUGGCAGAGGUUUCAACUAAAACAAUUUUUUUUAUGUUAGGCUGAACAUUCGAAAACUUUCCAAAAAAAAAAUCCACAAUAUUAAUGUAUUUGUUCUCGGACCUCUGAAUUUGUUGAAUAGCCAAUUUUCGAUAUUUUUGUCUAACAUUUACCAUUUUCAGGCUUACGGAUGUUAUUGUAGAUUGAACUAGUCAAAGAUGUAUGUUACAAAUAUUUUGACACAUUGCUUAAUUCAAAUUGAUUACCGCAGCUUUUGAGAGACAUUUGCAAAAUACCGAUAGUUAAUUAGAUAGUGUGGCCAAGAUGAGGAACGAUAUUUCAAUAAUGGUUAGAGCUGCAAUGUUUGUUGAAUGAAGAGAAAGUUGCGUAAUAUAAGUAUAUCUUACAUACAGCUUCCAUAAUUUGGCUGUGAUUUGCCAAUUUUGGGUUAUUUGAAGGAAAACGAGGUUUCGAAAUUUUGCAAAAUUACACAGUCAAAGCUACUUUUUCCUAAUUUAACCAACAUUGUUGCUGUAGGACACACUGGAGUCUGAGCUACUAGUUUUUUUGCGAAUGUCUCUUAGAAGCUGUUUCAGCCAAUGUUUGCCAAUAGUUUGAUCAAAAUCCAAUAACAUUCAUAUACCUCCUUCAGCAUGCUGAAAAUGGUAAAAUUUUGGCAAGAAUAUCGAAAACUGAUUCGAAAGGCCUACUCGACCAAUUUAGAAGCUCAAAAACAAAUUUCAACAUAUAUAGGGCGAUACGUCAAAAAAAAAUUUUGCUGAUUUAUUGUUUUGGAAGGCUUUCGAGUUCUCAUCCCAAGUAAAUAAUAACAUAUUUCAAUAAAAUUACAUUAACGGAAAUUAUGAGAUCGUAAGUUUAAAGCCAUUUUUAAAUUCUUCUGACAAUUUCUAUCUUUACACAAACAUUAAUUUUGUGCGUGAUUUGUUUCGGAAAGCAUUUGAGUUGUCCGCCCAAUAAAUCGGUAAGAAUUUUCAUAAAAAUCACGUUUGACUGAGAUAUCUGCCGAACGAAGUAUCAUACCGCGAUUUGGAGGUCAGUUUUGAGUUCCUUGAACAAUUGUUAUUCAAAUUGUCAUAUUUUAUGAAGGCAAUGACGAGAGUAGCAAGAACAUGGAAAAGUUACCAAAACACGUUUGCUGAACGUGCAAGCUUUGUGCGCGUCUCCAUACCGAACCGUUUGACCAACGACCCCAAAAUUUCACAAAACCUCAUGCAUCCGCGGGUACUCUUCAGGGAAAAAAAUGAGCCUCAUCUGAAAUAUGACCCGUCAAGGCAGGUCGUGGAAUUUUAGUUGUAAAUUAUGAACGUCAUCAAGCAAAAUGAUCAAAUUUCAAGAAUAAAUAAUGAUCAAAUAUGUUGAAUUGUAAGCUACUGUUACAAAAAAGUUUGUAUGUGCCUUUCAAUUUUAUUUUUCUAUUUUAAUCAAGCAAGCUCUAGAAUAUUUGACGUUUUGAUUAAUCUUGUGGAUAACAUUAAUGCAACUUAUCCAAUUUCAGGAUUAUCAAACAUACGGGUGUUAUGUCAAUAUCUCAAUUUUAUUAUCCAAUUAUUUUUCACUAUGAGCUCGCUAAAUCACUUUUUAUUUCAAUUUAUUAUCGGUCGAAUACUUUUGAGCCAUUAUUUGAAGUAAUUAGACAAAUAACUGGUCCUGCGUGAGUGUAACUUAUUUUUGAUAGAUUUUAUGCAACAAUCAUUGAACUGUGGUAUACUUAAUUUGAAACAAAAAACCAGUAAAUAAAAGUAUAUAAAUAUGUUUUACUAUCUACAUAAUACUGUUAUUUAGAUUAUUGAAUGUGAUUUUUAUGUAUGUGUAUUAUAAAUGUUUGUACAUAUCAGUCUAUUCGGAUAUUUUUAGAUUUCAUGGUAUAUACAUAUAGUGAUACUCUGCAAUUUUAAUAUUUUUAAUAAAAUGUCG